AUGUUUGUAAAUAAUAAUUUCUUAAUUAGUGUCAUUUUAAUCUUAGGCAUAAAAUAUUGUUUAAGUUGCGAGACCGGUCAAACCAAACAAGGAUGCCUCAUAAGGAAUUUAGUGUGUUCGUGCGGCUACGGAUGCAUUUCGGAUUAUCGAUACGACACUAUACAAGAAUGUCAAGCUGCAUUAAGAGGCAAAAAAAAAGAUAUUUGUAAAACAAACAACCCUUGCAUGCACGGCGGCACUUGCAUACAAAUAUCUCAACAGCCGGGCUUCAAAUGCCGAUGCGAAGGUUCCGGAUAUUUUGGCAUGAAAUGCAAUAGAGCUUGCCCGGUUCCAAAUGCAGGAAGAGUAGGCGACAUUUACCCUUACGAGUGUAUAGUAAUAUAG